AUGGCCCUGCCUCCGGACCUCCCCGAGCAGAACGGCCUUCUCUCCCCUUCGUUCUCCGAGGACCCAAGUUUGUGGUCGUCCCUCGGCCUUUCCAAGGCCGCUUUCGCCGCCGGUCUCCCUUCCCCCACCCUCGACGUCACCGCCCUCGCCACCCAGCUCUCCGCCCCGGCACUAUCCGAUCCCACCGCCUCAUGGCAAGCUGCUGUAGACGCCUCCCUGCAAGCGUACGCCCAGGAGUACGGCCAUCUCCAAUCCCUGCUGGACUUCCACGCCGUCGAGAUCCCAAAGCUCGAGCAAGCCGAGGCUGCACUGCGCGAGCUUGAGGACUCGCUCCACGCUUCUGAGAGCGCUGCGGCCACGCUCCAGUCCAAGGCGGAUGCAGUAUUUGCUACUAAGGCCGCCACGCUAACCACCCAGACACACGUCGCGGCUUUUGUCGAUCAGAUCGUCCUCGAUCCAUAUUUAAUCCGCCACGUCGUGGAUGGGAAGGUUGGUGAUUUGGAUUAUGAAGAAUGUUUGGCCGCACUGUCAAAGAAGACCGCGCUUUUCGAUAUGGAGGACGUGAAAGAGACCGCGGCUUUCGCAGAGCUCAAUCCUUAUCUUGGUAAGCUCGUCAUUACCGCUGUCAGCAAGGUGCGACAUUUUCUCAUUGACAAGAUAUCCCUUUUGAAGCGUCCUCAUACGAACGUGAAAAUUGUAAAGGAGAACGUGCUGCUGAAGCAUAGACCGUUGGUUGAGUUUAUCGAAUUACACGCGCCGGAUGUUUUUCGAGAGGUGAAGACGUCGUAUGUUGAUACCAUGUCCAAGACGUACUUUAUUUUGUUCAAGAAGUAUUUAGCAGGGUUGCUCGCCAUGAAACAACAGCUUCCGAGUGAGAAUGCCGAUACUCUCGUCGGCAGUCUUACAGACUCGACCAUUGGGCGUGCAUCUCAAACGAUCACGGGAAUGUUUUCUAGUGCAAGCACAUCGGCAGCUACUUCCCGGUUUUCGGGUAUGACCAAUGGGGGUGGAGCCGGAGUUGGCCAAUUCGCCCUCGGUUCAAGGCUUGAUGUUCUGAAGGAUGUUGAGGGACCUGCGAUUGUACUUGCGACUGCCCUCGACAACAACCAUCGUUUUUAUUACGAGCAAAUACACCGCAGUCUCGGCAAGAUGCUCUCUGAGACCUGCGCGUCGGAGCACCUCUUUUGCGAACACUUUUUUGGGGAGAAUGGUGGCCGGAUGUUCAAUGCUUUCUUCAGAAGGAUUAUAGGCUUUCUCCUGGACGCGGUCUCUGCUCACACUGCCCCCACCAAAGAUACGCUGGGCGUGCUACUGGCUUUGAAAGUAAAUGAAGCACAUCGAUCUAGCAUGCAGAGGCGCAACAUCCUUGAUCUUUCAGAUUAUUUCAUCCAAGUUGACAUUCUGCUCAAACCCAAAUUCAAGAAACUGUUGGACGAAAACGUUAAUAGCAUGUCGGAAGCGAGCAAGGAGGUCACAAAAUCUGCCCCACGCGGUGACGGCGAUACCAGCCCACAUAUUGUGACACGCCGCUUCGCCGAGUUCUUAGCAUCCCUUCACGCCAUUGCACGUUUCGGUACCCCUGAUGAUUCGAUUAUGGAGGGGCUGAGGAGGCUGAGAGCGGAAUACAAUGGUUUCCUCAACGCUGUAUCGACGCUCUUCACUAGACCCAAGUUGAGGUUCAUGUUCCUUAUCAAUAACACUGAUUUGGUGCUAUCCAUGUUUCGACAGCAUGGGGUUAACGAUACUGAUGAUUACAACUUCUUUGCAGAGCUUCAAGAAGUACAUACAGCAGCGUAUGUAGAACACGAGGUUGCGGAUCACUUUCCUGAUGUCGUUUCAUUUGUCCGUCAGUAUGAGAGGACAGCCAAGGCUUCCUCUUCAAACGGAGGUGGAAGCCGCCCAUUUCCGAGUGAGGAGCGUGUGAAAGCGGUUUUGCGACAAUUUGCUUCAAACUGGAGACUUGGAGUGCAGCACAUGCAAGACAACGCAGUCCGAGAGUUUCCUAGCUUUGAUGUUGGUUCCGAACUCGCCCGUAUGCUAUUCACGCGCCUCUAUUCCUACCACAAACGAUGUGAAGCUGCUGUGGAAACGCAAUAUCCAGUUCUGAAAGCUGAGCUUGUGACGAGCACAGAAAUACUCUACGAAUUGCGACAACGUAGUCAGCAGUUUGCUACCUGA